AUGGCAAAUCCUCCAUCACUUGUAAAGAAUGGCGAAAAAAACUUAAAAAAUUGGAGAGAAAGCCUGAAUAAUUUAUUAAGUUUAGAAAAAAAUAGAGAAAGAAGAGAAAAACUUUUAAAAGAAGCUUCGAAAUCAUAUUGGGAUGAUUUUCAGGGUAUGAAAUAUCACCAAGGAAAAAAAUGGAUAGCACCUAAUUAUCUGUUAAAUAAGGAUCAAGCUUUGUACAUUGCAAAUUUUUAUGGUAGAACUCUUUUAAAUGUUACGACAGAUACAACACCUUUUAUUGAAUCAUCAGCUGCAUCUCUUGUAAGCAUUUUUUCAUCUAAAUCAGGAGAAGAACAUAUAAAAUCAUUUUUAAGUCCUAAAUUAUAUUUGGAGGUACCUGAUUUGAAAUAUAUUUAUAUUAAUCUGCAAGAAAGUUUCAUAAAAGCUAUACUUGUUCGGCUUUUUUCAAAAAACAUAAGAAAUAGUAUAUCAAAAGAAUAUCAUAACACAUACUUUUUUAUUAAUAAAUUACCAAAAGAUAUUAAAGAAAAUAUGAUGAUUACAAAUAUGUAUGUUGGAUAUAUUUAUCUUGUAGAUAAUCAAUCUCAAAUUCGAUGGGCAGGAUGUGGAAAUGCAACAAAAGAAGAAAAAGAAAAUUUGAUAAUAUGUUCACAAAAACUUAUAAAAGAAUAUAAAAAAAGUGUUGAGUGCUAA